AUGGAGAAGCUCAGCAUUUCUUUCGACACAUCCCGCCUCUUCGGAGCGGACAAGGCAGAGCGCAUUGCCGCCGCCAAGGAGCUCGCAGAGCUCGUCAAAACGCAAGGACCGUCGGUCUUCGAGUCCAUCAAGAUCACCGACGCUCUUGUCGCUGCCUUUGCAGACAAGAAGUCCACCGCUGCACGCGAGGGUGCUUGCAACACCAUCGCCACGCUCUGCGACACUGGCGCAACCGCUGCUUCUGAUUCUGACGUAAUCGCUGCCUUCGAACCGUUCAUCAUUGAUACCCCUGCCUAUGCAUCCCUGAUCGAGACCUUCGCUGACAAGAUCCCGGCCGUCCGCACAACUGCCGUUGCUGCUGCAAACGCUCUCACUUCCCAGCAGAGCCCUUGGGCCGCACCCAUCGUGCUGCCCGCCCUCCUCCAGCAGAUCAAGACCGCUGGAAAGUGGCAAGUGAAGAUUGGCUGCCUGUCCGUUCUUGACAUGCUUGUCAAGUCUGCCCCCACGCAGGUCGCGAAGUUGACUCCCGAUAUUGUCCCCGUUCUGGCCGAGGCGAUCUGGGAUACCAAGGCUGAGGUGAAGAAGGCGGCGAAGGAGUCGCUCACAAAGUCUACGGCCCUAGUUUCGAACAAGGAUAUCGAGAAGUUUAUUCCUGCACUUAUCGACGCUCUUAUUCAACCGGUAGAGAAGGUGCCGAGCACCAUCCAACUUCUCUCAUCCACCACAUUCGUUUCCGAAGUUGACUCCCCCACGCUCGCUCUCAUGGUUCCCCUCCUGGAGCGCGGUAUCCAGGAGCGUCCCACCGCCACCAAGCGUAAGGUCGCUGUCAUUAUCGACAACAUGUCCAAGCUCGUCGAUAACGAGAUCACCGUUCGCCCCUUCAUCCCCAAGCUGCUCCCCGGUCUCCUCAAGAUCGUCGAGGUCGUCGGCGACCCUGAAGCCCGUAGCGUUGUUGAGCGCGCAAUCAAGACCCUGCGCCAAAUCGGCAACGUUCCCACCGGUGACGGCUCCAACCUCCCUCCAUUCAAGAACCUCGAGCCCAAGGCUGUCGUCAACACCCUUAUUGGCUUCUACCAGAAGGCUGGUGUCACCCCUCCUUCCGCUACCGACGCGACCCUGUUCUACGCUGCCCGCUUGGCUGCGAACAUGGUCACUCAGCGCAAUUUCGACGUCCCCGUCUGGGACGCCGCUCUCCCGCAGUACCUGUCCCUGGUUAUUCCCGCCGGGACUCACAACAACACGGAGAUCUCCCGUCAGCUGCUGCUGAAGUCGGCUACGAUUGACGAUGACACUGCCGAGGUCCCUGAUGAUGAGGAGGAGGGUGAGGAUCUUUGCAACUGCACGUUCUCCCUGGCGUACGGUGCUAAGAUCCUGCUCAACACUGCUACCCUCCGCCUCAAGCGUGGCCACCGUUACGGUCUUUGCGGUCGCAAUGGUUCCGGCAAGUCUACGCUCAUGAGGGCUAUCGUCAACGGCCAGGUCGAGGGCUUCCCGUCCCCCGACGAGGUUCGCACCUUCUACGUCGAGCACGACAUCGAUGGUUCCGAGGCUGAGAUCGGUAUCCUUGAAUGGGUCCUGAACGACAAGCGUCUCGAAGCCUCCAAGGAGGAGAUCAUCGAGACCCUCGCUUCCGUCGGCUUCAGCGAUGAGAGGCAGCAGUCUGCCAUCGGCUCCCUGUCUGGUGGGUGGAAGAUGAAGCUCGCUCUCGCUCGCGCCAUGCUGUUCAAGGCCGACAUCCUCCUGCUCGAUGAGCCCACGAACCAUCUUGACGUUGUCAACGUUGCUUGGCUCGAGAACUACCUCACCAGCCUCAAGACCUGCACUUCCAUCAUCGUCUCCCACGACUCUGGUUUCCUGAACAACACCAUCACGGAUGUCCUCCACUUGAACAGGUUCAAGGUGAGGCGUUACAAAGGCAACCUCGAGGCUUUCGUCCAGGCUGUGCCUGAAGCCAAGUCCUACUACACCCUGGAGGCGGCUGAGGACUACAAGUUCAAGCUCCCCGACCCGCCCUUCCUUGACGGUGUCAAGACCAAGGAGAAGGCCCUGCUCAAGAUGCGCAAGGUUGGCUUCCAGUACCCGACACAGCCCGUCCAGCAGCUCUACGACAUCACGCUGCAGGUCUCGCUCUCGUCCCGUGUCGCUAUCCUGGGUCCCAACGGUUCCGGCAAGUCGACCCUCGUCAAGCUGCUCAUUGGCGAUAUGGAGCCCAACAAGGGUGGUGAGAUCUGGAAGCACCCUAACUUGGUUAUCGGCUACGUUGCCCAGCACGCUUUCCACCAUAUUGACCACCACCUCGACAAGACUCCUCUCGAGUACAUGCUCUGGCGCUACCAGACCGGAGAGGAUCUUGAGGAGAUGAGCAAGGCCAACCGCGUCAUCAGCGAGGAGGAGCUGGCCAAGAUGAAGGAGGGUGCUAUCUACGUGCACGAGGGUCAAAAGCGCACAAUCGACGAGAUCGUCGCUCGUAAGAAGUUAAAGCAGUCUUACGAGUACGAGGUGACCUUCAAGGGCCUGAGCUCAUCCGAGAACCUCUGGAUCGCUCGUGACGAACUGGUCAAGCGUGGUUUCGAGAAGAAGGUCAUCGAGCUCGAUACCCGCGAGGCUCAGCGCCUUGGUCUCAUGCGUCCUCUCGUUCGUCGUGAGAUCGAGAAGCACUUUGCCGACUUUGGUCUCGAGGCAGAGUUCGUCUCCCACAACAACAUGCGUGGUCUCUCUGGUGGGCAGAAGGUCAAGGUCGUGCUCGGUGCCGCUACAUGGCGUCGCCCGCACAUCAUCUGCCUGGACGAGCCGACGAACUACCUCGACCGCGAAUCCCUCGCUGCCCUUAUCGAGGCUCUCAAGGACUUCCAGGGUGGUGUCCUGGUUAUCACGCACAACCGUGACUUCUCCGAGUCAAUCUGCAAGGAAGUCUGGGCCAUGCGUGACGGUCGUCUGGAGGCAUCUGGCCACAACUGGAUUGAGGGCCAGGGCUCUGGUGCCAAGAUUGACACCAAGGCUGAGGACGAGGAGGACAAGUUCGAUGCAAUGGGGAACAAGAUCGAUCCUACUAAGAAGGAGAAGAAGAAGACUUCCAACGAGGAGCGGAAGGCGAAGAAGGCGCGCAUGGCAAGGCGAAAGCGCGGUGAGGAUUCGGAAGGUGAGGAUGCGUAG